ACGGCGGCAGCAACAAUUUCGUGUCCAUUCUCCAAAAGUUCUUUCGUCUUUCUUCCGUACUCUUCUUCUUCUUCUCUUCUGUUGCUCUCCACUUUUACUUCCUCUCUUUUUCUUUAGUUUCUUGUCUUGUUGUUGGCUCUUCUUCCUCCUUUUUCUUCGCUUUUCUCUUCACCCCUCUUUCGUCUCUAUCUUCAUCUUCUCGGCUUCGUCUUUGUUUUCUCUGGAUUCAGAUUUGCAAACGGCUAGUUGGAAAUGCAUGUUGCGGAGCCUCGCAUGGAUUCGGUUUCAAGGCGAACCAGAAGCCAGUGGGACACCUUCUAUAAAAAGCGCUACUAUGAGAUUAGGAAGGAUUCUGAUGAGAAGAAAAAUCAUGAUAAUGGCAGUGGAGAACAUAUGGUGCCCGAUGAUUGUGAACAAGGACAGCUUUUGGUAUCUGGCAAUGAUGGUAAUGUAGGAAAGGUAGCCAGGAAGAAUGAACAUGGUAUAAUACAUGUACAUGAUUCUGAGGGUUCAUCGACGGCUGAUGAUUCCACUGAUGCUGUUGAGCAGAGUGCUGAUGAUUAUGAUAAGGAUUAUAAAGUGUAUUCUCUCAGUAAUGUGAAGGAGAAAGGGAGAAAACAUGUUGGGAGGCCUUCAAAAAAUAAGGCUUGUCUGAUUGGAGGUUCUAAUCGGUUCAACAAGUUAUUGGAUGACAUAUUGAAGGGAAAGGGUUCAGUGGGGAGAAAAUUGAAGAAAAAAGAUGUAGAGAUAGUGAAACCGGCCCCAACUAAAGAGAGUGAUCAGAGUUACAGUGCUCUGCCAAUGAAGUUUCGAUUCGAAGAUCAUCAACCCUCUAUCACAGAACCCUCUAUCACAGAGAAGUCGGAUAUGGAAAAUAAUCUUGAUUCUCUAUAUGAUGAGUUGGAGAUAGAACUAUGUGGGUUUGAGACUCCAUCCGCGAAUUGUCCCUUGACUGAUGAUGAAUGGACCACCUCCACAGAUAUUGACGAGAGUCAAACUGACCAUUGUAGUAGAGGGAAACAUUAUCGCAUUUUUGAUGAGCAAAUCGGAAUUGUAUGUAAAUACUGUCGCGAAACGCUGCUGGAAAUAAAGUAUGUUUUACCAGAACUUAAUUCAAAAACGCAUGAGUGGUCAGGAAGGAGAGGUGUGAAAGAGUUAGACUAUUCGAUUUUACGGGACUCCUCUACCUGUUGCAAACUGGAGUCUUCCCUCCAUUCUGAAGGCACAAUUUUGGAUUUGAUUCCUGAUGCCGAGUCAGAUUUGUAUCCGCAUCAGUUGGAGGGAUUUGAGUUCUUGUGGAGAAACAUAGCCGGAGAAAUUAAGAUUAAUAAACUGGAGAAGCUGUCUCCAGAUGGGGGAAGAGGCUGCAUAAUCUCACAUGCUCCGGGCACAGGCAAAACUCGUCUCACUAUAGUCUUUCUCCAAACAUUCUUGAAGUUGUACCCAUCGAGUCGCCCUGUGAUCAUAGCUCCGCGAGGCAUACUUCUCACGUGGGAAAACGAAUUUAGAAAAUGGAAUGUCAACUUCAAAUUCCACAACUUGAACAAUAUCAAACUCUCCGGAGAGGAAACUGCAAUUGCUACCGGAGAUUCUCGUGUCAACAGAAACAACAAAAACUAUGUCCGGAUAAUGAAGCUGAACUCUUGGAUGGAAGGUGGAAGCAUUUUGGGGAUUGGGUAUCGAUUGUUUGAAGAACUUGCGAGCGAUCACCAGAGAAAGUGGAGCAACAAUAAAUUUAAAAAUAUACUUUUGGAGUUGCCGGACGUUUUAGUGUUGGACGAAGGUCACACACCUCGCAAUCAUCAGAGCUUGACGUGGAAAGUUUUGACGAAUGUCACAACACAAAGGCGCAUAAUUCUCUCUGGGACACCCUUUCAGAAUAAUUUUUCCGAGCUCUACAAUACCCUGUGUCUGGUGAAUCCACAGUUCUCCCAACAGAUCAUGCCAACUGAUUGCAUCAGAAAAUCCAGGAAACAGUCCGGCCGAAAGAGAAAAGCGAAUGCAGCCAGAGAUGAGUGGGCUUAUCUGACAAACUCGAUCGCCGAUGAUCCUGCAAGUGAGGUCAGAUUGAAGGAGCUUAGGUCUAUGAUGGAACCUUUUGUCCAUGUACACAAAGGCUGUAUUCUUCAAAAAGCACUCCCAGGAUUGAGGGAUUACUUGAUUAUCCUGAAACCAACCAGCUUGCAAACCAGGUUGCUCCAAAACCUUGAUCGAUUUGAUAACUUCAUCGAGCAAACUCACUUAUCAUCUCUUAUAUUAGUCCACCCUGCACUGGUAGCGGAGAAGCCAGAAUUCUCUGAGCACCGGAGAAAGCUCAAAUUGUUGGAAACAAAUUCCAGUGCAGGAGUGAAAACACUCUUCCUGAUCAAUCUAAUUAAACUCUCUGUUGGUCUGCAUGAAAAGGUUUUAGUUUUCAGCGAGUUCAUUGACCCGCUGCAUCACAUCCAGAAGCUCCUGGCACACCAUUUCUCCUAUAAAGAAGGGCAGGAAGUGAUCUACAUGGAUGGCGACCUCAAUAUGAAGCACCGGCAGCGGCUGAUCAAUUUGUUCAACGAUAAGAAGAGUGAGGCUAAGGUCCUUCUAGCGUCGCUCAAAGCUUGCUCGGAAGGAAUAAACUUGGUUGGAGCAUCGAGGGUUGUCCUGCUGGAUGUUGUUUGGAAUCCCUCCGUGGAACGGCAGGCCAUCUGCCGAGCCUAUCGCCUCGGCCAAGAGAAGGUUGUGCAUGUCUAUCAUUUGAUCACUACACCUGAAAUGAGGAAGUAUGCUCGGCAGGCCCAGAAAGAUAGGCUUUCUGACCUGAUUUUCUGUCCUGCCGAAGGGAAUAGUAAAAUGUCGGGGUCGUUGCCUCCUCCUCCAUGCCCAAAUGGUGGUAAUGCUGUUGUUGCUGCUGCUGUGUCUGAAGAUCAAGUGCUGGAAGCCAUAGUUGAACAGCAAAGCCUUGCCAACAUGGUUGACAGAAUUGUUCUUCAUCCUAAGGAAUCUGAUUUGGUCAGCACUUUUGGCUUUGUGGAUCUCCACUAGCGAGUGUACUCUGAUUACUAUUAAGGUAAUCAUCAUCUCUCUCUUUCUUUGUUUUUGACAUUAUUUAGUUGUGCUUAUAAAAUUUGGGGAGUGGGGUAUGGCAAGGUAGUGCAGUGGGGCUUGGUUUUAAAUUUGAUGUGGGAACUUCCGGUAGAUUCUAAGAAAGUUAGACUGGCAGCCUGUAGCAUGACGUGAAUGCUUUGAUUGACUCACUGUCUGAGUACUGUAAGAUCUGUCUUUUUGUAUUGUUGCUCCGACCGGGACUUGACCAACAAUUUCUGAGCUUAGCUUAGCCUUAAAAAUGUUCCAGCGCACCAUGUGAUUGAUUGAUGUGAUGCAUUAUAAACACUUCUCAUUUAGAUGGGA